GGCACCGAGUCACCAGGCACGAGAGUGGGCUCCGAGUCAACUGGCAUGACCGCGGGCACUGGGUCAGACAUUGGAUCGUCUGGCCCGACAGCGGGCAUCGGGUCACCAGGCAUGACAGCGGGCACCGGGUCACCAGACAUUGGAUCGUCUGGCUCGACAGCGGGCAUCGAGUCACCAGGCAUGACAGCGGGCACUGGGUCAUCAGGCAUUGGAUCGUCUGGCUCGACAGCGGGCAUCGGGUCACCAGGCAUGACAGUGGGCACCGGGUCAUCAGGUACCGGAUCGUCUGGCUCGACAGCGGGCACUGGGUCAUCAGGCGUGAUAGGAUCAUCAGGCUGGAUCAGUUCAUCAGGCUGGGUACAGGCAUCAGGCUGGGUACAGGCAUCAAGCUGAAGUGCGGGUGCCGAGGCACCAGGCUGAACCACGGAAGGCAGGUUCUCAGACGGCAGGCUCACCGGUUUGGAUACUGGCAGGAUGGUACUGGUUGGAAAG